UUUGUAGUGAAAUACUUUGUAGUCAGACGCUCCACGCGGGGUAACAGUAGCUGAGGCUGAGCUGCACAGAUUCUUUAUUUUCUACUUGGAUUAUAUUUCCGUGGCUGCCGCUAAUUUGACAGGAUGAAACUACCAGUUUGUCUCUUCAUCGUGUUUCUCUGCACGCGCUGUGUCUCCGGCUCCUUUCCCAAAGCAGAGAAUGUCACUUGGAAGUCUAUCAACUUUAAAACUUUCCUUACCUGGCAACCCAAGCCGUCAGCUGAUUACUCCCACACAGUGGAGUACUCGGUACUUGGAGCGAACAGGCAAAGGAUUUAUCAUUGUAUCCGCACCGACAGCACACAAUGUGAUCUGUCCACGUCUUUGAGUGACCUGCAGGCUUGCUACACAGCUGAUGUCCUGUCGGAGCCCCCGCUGGGGGUCACGUCUGACCUCACGGAGUUCCCUCAUACCAGAUCACCACAGUUCUGUCCCUACAAAGACACUGAUAUCGGCAAACCUGAGUUCAAGCUGGAGAUGAGUGAAGACAAAACUAAAACCAUCCUGCAUGUGACUGACCCUCUCACAGCUGUGUUUAAAGAUGGCCGCCAGCUGAGUAUCAGGGAUAUCUUCUCUGACCAGCUACAAUAUAAAGUCACAUAUCGGAAGAACCAGAGCUCAGGAAAAAAAUCCCUCAACUCCAAGACGAGUGUCAUAGAAAUGACUGGUCUGGACCAAGGAGAGAGCUACUGCUUCAACAUCCAGGCCUACAUCCCCAGCCGCAGCAUCGACAAGCAGCUGGGGGAGAUCAGCACCACCAAGUGCUCCGAUAGCGAUAAGUCCAUCUUGCAAGAGCUUUCGCUUGGCGUUAUUGUCUCUGGGUUCUUCCUCGCCUUGCUGCUGGUUGGGAUCGUCAUCGCCGUGGUGGUGGUCUGCUGUAAACGACAGAAAAGGGUUUUGAAAAGUGAAAAAGAAGGAAUGCCGCUGCAGGGUGUUUGAGGCGUUGCUGUGGCAACCAGAUUCAGGGCCUGUUGGGAGAGCAGAGUUGGACGUUCCAUGUCAAACACUGGAAUGAUUUUAGUUUCUGUGAAACUGCCGGUGAACAUGUCAGACAUAUUUUAGUGUUUUUGUAGAAACAUCAAACUGCAGAUAAGAGACUUUAGGAAAAACACUGUAACACUCCUGUUUGGUUGGCAUUUUAGAGCUUAAGUAAUAAUAUAUUAAGCAGUAAAAUCUGUUUACUGUCUGCUUUAUUUGGUGAGAGGUACUUCUGAUUACUGCAGAUAAACCACUGAUUGUAUUUAUUUUUUCUUGUUUAGCUUGUUGUUUUUUACUUGACUAGCUGGUAUAAUGAGGGAUUUUCUGGUAAAAGCAUCACUUAAUCAAUGCAUUGCAAACAUCUUUGUAAUUAAGGCUUAAUUUAUUUAAUUUAGGAGAAUCUAAGCUAAUUCUUUGUGAUGCUACUCCACUUGUUUUAUAUUUUGGAUUGUUGUGGAGGAUCAGAGUGUCAUUUUUUUCAUUUAGAAUAGUUUCCGUUUGUUAAUAUUGUUUAACAAUUAUUUUUUAUAAUAAAAGUAGAUGUUAACAAAUCA